AUGGACAAGUUUAGCUACUUGCGAUCCUCUCUGGUUGGCGAAGCGCUACAGGAAGUCGCAACCUUGGAGAUGACAUCGGCAAAUUAUGCGAUUGCUUGGGAUCUUCUACAGAAGCGCUACGAGAAUAAAAAGCUGAUAGUCAAGGCGCAUUUGGAUGCUCUCGUUGCUGUUGAACCGAUGAAGCGCGAAAGCUAUGACGCGCUUAAUCAUCUCAUCAUCGAAUAUGAUCGUCAUUUGCAGAUGAUGGGAAAGAUUGGCGAGGAGACCGCUAACUGGAGCACAAUACUGGUUCACAUGGUGUGUUCCAGACUUGAUCCCACUACACUCCGCCACUGGGAGACCCACCAUUGCUCCAAGGACGUACCCAAGUACGACGACCUUAUGACCUUUCUUCGGAAUCAGUGCUCCGUACUACAAUCAAUCGCUCCAGAAAAAUCUUCCCACACCGAUAUUCGCAAACCCAAGACGUCUGUGAGUAAUCCAGCAGUGCAAACCUCCAACAAUCGAUGUCCUUUCUGUGGAGAAGCCCAGCAUUCAGCCUUCAGGUGCCAGCGGUUCCUCAAAUUGAAGGUUCAAGAACGAUAUGAGAAGGUGAAGAGAUGUGGACUGUGUUUGAACUGCUUUUCUCCAUCGCAUCUUGUUCGUCUUUGCACGAGGAGUGUCUGUCGGCACUGCCAGCGGAAACACCAUACGCUUCUUCAUUUAGGAGCUUCAGAAGGCGGAGCAGCUGUAUCGUCGCAGUCCGGUUCCUCCGUCCCACCCGAACAAACUCGAACACAAAGAGCGAAUAACCAACAAACACAGCCACACGCCCAGAACCAAACAGCACCAAGUCAACACACAGGACCAAACACAAACUCAUUCCCAAUCGCAAGCACUAGUACACAUCCACUACCCACCACAAAUCGUACUCCCUCUCAACACACAAACUCACUGCCUGUUAGUAUUCAUACGCCCUCCCGUCAAGUACUUCUAUCCACCGCCUUGGUGCGCAUAGCAGAUCAGUACGGAAAUGUGCAACUUGCAAGAGCUCUGCUCGACUCGUGCUCCGAAUACUGCUUCAUUACCCGAGGCCUGUGUCAGAAGCUCAAGCUAGAAGGAUCUUCGAAUCACCUGUCUAUCGCCGGUAUUGGAGGAUCGUCUGCUAAAUCGACUAGAAUGGUGAGCGCAACCGUCGCUCCACGGUCACUCAGAAUAUCACCGUAUUCGGAAAACAUCCAACUGCACGUUCUACCGAAACUGACUUCAGAGUUGCCAACUGAGUUCGUGAAUGUACAACAGCUAGCGAUUCCGGAACAUCUUACGCUAGCCGAUCCUACAUUUUUUGAGCCUGGAUCGAUUGACCUAAUCAUCGGUGCAGAAUAUUACUACGAUUUGCUGUCAGAUGGAAGAAUCAAGCUAGUAGAUGAUGGACCCACUCUUCAAGAAACCGUCUUCGGCUGGGUCGUCUCUGGACGUGUACCCGGAUCUCCAAUUGCUGUACCACGAACCGUUUCCUAUCCUUGUACUGUUUCCGACCUGAACGAGCUACUCACGAAGUUUUGGGAACUCGAAUCCUGCCACACUGGAGGCACGUUGUCAGUAGAGGAGUCAACGUGUGAAGAAAUCUUCGAACGAACUACCAUCCGAGACGAAACUGGCAGAUUCGUAGUCACCCUACCGAAAAAGGAGGCUGUCAUUCAGAAACUGGGAGACUCCAAGGCCAACGCUCUCAAACGAUUCUACGGACUAGAGCGUCGGUUUGCAGCAAACGCUGCGUUGAAAGAAGCGUACUUCGAAUUCAUCAACGAAUAUAGGGCAAUGGGUCACAUGGAAGAAGUAGCAGAAGAUGAGGAACCCGUAUACUAUCUACCGCAUCACGCUGUGCUGAAGCCGGAUAGCACGACGACAAAGCUUCGUGUCGUGUUCGACGCUUCGUGCCGCACGUCGUCCGGCGUAUCGUUGAACGAUGGGCUGAUGGUAGGACCCGUCGUCCAAGACGACCUUCACUCCAUCGCGUUGCGUUUCCGAUUUUGGAGGUACGCAAUAGUGGCAGACGUGGCGAAAAUGUAUAGAAUGGUGAAGGUUUGCCCAGCUGACCACCUACUGCAGUGUAUUCUCUGGAGACCGUCUUUCGAUGAUCCCGUUAAGGCGUAUAAACUGACCACGGUUACCUACGGAACCAGCUCUGCGCCAUACCUGGCAACGAAGUGCCUUCAACGACUGGGAACUGAGGGUGCAGCAACCCAUCCAGCUGCUGCAAAAACGGUCAAGAAGGACUUCUACGUGGAUGAUGCGUUGAGCGGAACUGACGAUUUGGAGGAAGGCAGAUCUCUAGUGUCGGAUUUGAUUGAUCUAACCAAUUCAGCAGGCUUUAUCUUGCGGAAGUGGAGUUCCAACAGCGCUGAAUUGCUUUCCAACGUUCCAGUUGAGCUUCGGGACGAACGAAUUUCAUUUGAACUGGAUUCGUCAACCUCCGCUGUGAAAACUCUUGGUCUGAUAUGGGAACCAGCUGCAGAUAUUUUUCGUUUCGCCGUACCCCAACUAGAAUCGGAUGCUCCUAUCACCAAGAGAACCGUUUUGUCGGAAUCAGCCAAGAUUUUCGAUCCAUUAGGGCUAAUCGGUCCGGUAGUUGUGCAGGCAAAGAUAUUCCUACAAACACUGUGGAAGCAGAAAUGCGACUGGGACGACCUGCUGCCGGAAGAGCUACAGAAUGCAUGGAUUGAGUUUCGGAGAAAUCUGCUGGCCUUGGACACUCUUUCUGUGCCACGCUGGGUUUCAUUUACGAAGGAUUUAGUAACGGUAGAACUGCAUGGAUUUGCUGAUGCUUCCAACGCUGCCUAUGGAGCCUGCCUCUAUUUGCGAUGCAUCACGGUUGACGGUACAAUAACCGUCAGGCUCAUCACUGCCAAGUCCAGGGUCGCACCUCUGGACGAUUUGAAACGGAAGAAGAAGGUCCUUUCAACUCCACGUCUAGAACUUUCUGCAGCGCUUUUGUUGAGUCAUUUGUAUGAAAAGGUCUGCAGCAGUGUUCAGGUUCCAUUCCAACCGUUUUUCUGGACCGACUCCACAAUCGUGAAGUACUGGCUAGCUUCUCCACCUUCCCGCUGGCAAAUUUUCGUGGCAAAUCGAGUAUCGAAGAUCCAGCACAUAACCAGCAACGGCGUAUGGAACCAUGUAGCCGGAGCAGACAAUCCGGCGGACAUAAUCUCGCGUGGCAUGAUACCCGCGCAGUUGAAGUACGAAACGACAUGGUUUGAAGGCCCUCUGUGGCUACGGCAGGAUCGCUCAAGAUGGCCUAGCAGUUCCGCUAUCCCGGACGUCGAACACUCUCUUCUCGAGGAGCGAUCUGUCGUCGAACUGCCAGCUCGUGUGAAGAUUCCUAGCGAAAUCUUUCUUCUCCGUUCCUCGUUCACCGAUAUCAUCCGGAUCGUAGCAUGCAUCCGGAGAAUCAUCCACAAUGCAACUCCGAACAAUCGCAAUCACAGACUCACGGGCCCUAUCAAGCUUCAAGAGCUGAACGAAGCGACGAACGUCCUAGAUCGUUUAGCACAGGAAGACAGCUUUCCCGAGGAAGUUGCGGCUCUUUCUCGUGGCCGGGAGGUGAAGACUUUGUCCAAAAUCCUUUCUCUUCAUCCCAUUUUGGUUGAUAAAACGCUUCGCGUUGGUGGCCGGCUUGCUAACGCGCCAAUCGCGGAGAGUCGAAAGCAUCCUAUGAUACUCCACCACCACCAUCCGUUCACCAAGCAGAUUUUGCGGCACUACCACAUCAAACACUUCCAUGCUGGCCAACAACUUCUGGUGGCCUCCGUCAGAGAGAAAUUCUGGCCCACAAACGCACGUGAUCUGGCCCGCACGGUGUGUCAUGUAUGUGUAACGUGCUUCCGGAGCAAGCCCACCGUUCACGAGCAGCUAAUGGCCGAUCUCCCGUCGGUUCGAGUCAAUCCUGCAGCCGUAUUCCUUAAGGUUGGUGUAGAUUUGUGUGGCCCAUUCUACAUCAAAUAUCCAGUCCGGCGCAGCGUAGCGGUGAAGUGCUUCGUAGCAAUUUUCGUUUGUCUGGCAACGAAGGCUGUGCACAUGGAGGUUGUUGCGGACUUGUCGACUCAAGCUUUCUUGGCGGCCUUCAGACGAUUUGUUGCAGUUAGAGGAAAGCCGCAGGUGGUCAUGUGCGACAAUGCCACCAAUUUCGUAGGAGCCAACAGAGAAUUGGAGGAGUUGCCUGAAGAUGAAGGAAUUCAGUUCGAGUUCAUACCGGCACGCUCUCCCAAUUUCGGUGGACUCUGGGAGGCGGCGGUCAAGUCGUUUAAGGGACAUUUUCGGAAGAUCGUCGGUAAUCAGCAGUUAAGCUACGACGAGUUGCACACCAUUGUUCAGCAAGUGGCCGCAAUACUAAAUUCGCGCCCACUGACUCCACUUAGCAACGACCCUAACGACUAUGCUGCCCUAACCCCGGGACACUUUCUGGUUGGAAGACCCUUGACAGCGGUGCCAGAACCCGAUUUGCAGGAGAUACCUGAAAAUCGGUUGGCAGUCUGGCAGCGAUCGCAAGAAUUUGUGCAAAGACUCUGGCGGAAAUGGAAGACGCACUAUCUUUCAGACUUGCAUAAUAGGACCAAAUGGACGAGAAAACGCGACAAUAUCAAGAUCGGCACCAUGGUAUUGGUGAAGGAGGACAAUUUGCCUCCACAACGGUGGAAGUUGGGGCGAGUCACCGAAAUCUACGCCGGCUCGGAUGGAAACGUCCGAGUAGUAAACGUUCGCACCAAGGACGGGAUCUUCAAGCGAGGUAUCUCCAAGAUCUGCGUUCUCCCUAUCAAGGAUAAUGCAUCCACAGACGAAGAGCAGUAG